AUGAAAAUCCUCACGACCAACUUCCUGACCUGCGCGGUCAAGACAUGCAAGACCUCACCGCUGUCCUUCCCAUUACACUUCAAGGAUGCGACGCUGGAGCGGACCGAGAUCGAAUUCAACCCACUGUUCCUGCGCAACGUGCUCCCGCGCGUGAACUGGGAUGCGCUGACGACCACGGCAACCGAACUAGGGCUGCAGGCAUUGGUUCCGGAGCAGAAUCCGAUCGACGUCACCGGGAGUAGUGCCGCACAGACCGACGCAAGCGACCAAGUGUUGAGACAGCUGCACAGCCUGUUGUUGGAGACGGCCGUGAUGGAGGGCAAGCUGGUGUGCGGCAACUGUGGGUUCGAGUACCCGAUCAAAGAAGGCGUGGGCAAUUUCCUGCUUCCGGCGCACCUGGUUUGA